AUGCCAACUCAAAUAAUAUUAAAGGAUAAGCAGCUAAUUAAAAAAUAUAAAAAUAUACUAAAUGUUUACAACAUAAAACCAAAAAUUAUAAUCAAAACAAAUUCUUUAAUUAUCUUAGAAAUUACAAUUGAUGAGUCUACUUCUGCUAAUAAAGACUUGUUUGUAACUUUGGAAAACUCCAAUAAAGAUGAUAAAAUAGAAAUAGUACAUGAUAAUAGUCCAAGUAAAAUACCUAAUACUACUAUUAUCACAGGACACAGACAAAAAAUAAAGUUGGCUGAAUUUAUCAAUUUAUAUUUCCAUGAUAAUGAACACUUGACAGAACUGAUAAAAAACCAUGUUUCAACCAAAUAUACCUUAUACCCACCAUUAAUACUAUUUAAUUAUUCUCCCGUCAAACAAAUGUUUACUAGUGAAUUAUGGGAAUCUGUUUUGUCUAAUUGCCACAGCAAUGGUGUAAAUCGAGAUUCCUUUUUUAAAAAAUUGAUUAAAAAUUGUUUUGACGACUCGAUUUACACCCAUAUAGCUAUAAAUCAGCCUAUUUUGGAAAAUGAUAGUAAAACAAAUAUAAAUGAUAAUAAAAACCUAUGGAGGAAACCUUUGAACAUUAGACCGAUAUACGGUUCAUUUUGGGAAACUGAAGAAUAUGCUAGUAAUAAUUCCCCCGAGUUAUGGAAGUCCCCUACCGAAAGAGAUUUUACUAAUGCAUUCUGGUGUCAUACUGUACAGAAUGGUAUUUAUCAAUCUUGGGCACCAUUUUUCACAAUGUUUAGUAGGGGUAAUGUUAAGGAGAAAGCUCGUAUCUUAAUAACCACAAAGACAGCAGAGGGUAAUAAUUCAUAUGCAGAUAUUGAGGGGAAUGAUGUUGUGGAUAUGUAUUGUGGGAUAGGAUAUUUUACAUUAUCAUACUUAAAAAGGAAUUGUAAUAGAAUUUUUUGUUUUGAUUUAAACCCCUGGAGUUGUGAAGGUUUGAAAAGAGCAUUGCUUAAAAAUAAAUUUGAAAAAGAUGAUAAAAAACGAUGUUAUAUAUUUAAUGAAAGUAAUGAAUAUUGUUUAAGCGAACUAGAAAAUUAUGAAAAGCAAUUUGUGAAUAAUAUUGACACAUCCAGGUUAAGAAUAAGACAUAUCAAUAUGGGAUUGUUACCUACAAGCGAAGCUAGUUGGGAGUUGGCUUUAAAAAUUGUCGCCAAACACAGUUAUGAAUUACCAAUUGUCACUUUACACAUACAUGAAAAUAUACAUAUUGAUGAGAUUGAAGGUGAAAACGGAUUUGUUAAAUGUAAAUUAUUACCUAAAUUAAAAAAUUACCAAGUAACCAUAGAAAAUAACUUUAAGGUUAACGUGACUCAUGCAGAGAAAAUCAAAACUUAUGCUCCUGAUAUUUGGCAUGUUUGUAUUGACGUAGAUAUUAUUAAAUAG